AUGUAUAGCCGACAUAGGAUAAAGUGGGGAGCCUUAACGGAAGCUAAAGCGCAGGAGUUGCGGGUCAAACUGGUGACUAUGGGGGCUUGGAGGAGUAGUGGGGACGCAAGCGCUAUUAGGACCAUGACUGCGCAGUGCAUUAGGAAAGACGCGAGAGAGGUAUUAGGGAUCUCAAAGGGUUACUCUAGUGGUCACAAGGGAGACUGGUGGUGGAAUGGAGAGGUGCAAGAAAAAGUGGAUACCAAGAAAGCAGUGUAUUUGAAGCUAGUGGAAAGUGUAGACAAGGAGGAGAAGAGGGCGAAUAGGGAGCAUUAUAAGUUGGUUAAGAAAGAGGCUAAUAUAGUAGUUACCGCGGCAAAGACUGCAGUUUUUAGUCGUCUGUAUAAGGAACUCGAGGGCCGAAGUGGGGAUAAGAGGUUGUUCAGGUUAGCCAAGGGGGAUGGAGAGAAUGAUGAAGAUGUCGCACUUCGUAUUAGGGCGGGAUGGAUGAAAUGGAGACUCAUUUACAGUGUUUUGUGUGAUAAGAAGGUGCCACCGAAACUUAAGGGUAAGUUAUAG